UGUUGACCACUUAGCCGUAUUAUUCCUUACUUUCUCAUUUUGACCUUUAUUUUAUUACAUUUUUCUUCUCCUAUAUACACGCAAACCCCAUAAUCAUAAUCAGACAUUCUUGAAUGAGUUUAUUUUUUCUCUUCAAAUGGACAAAUCUGAAAAAAUCGCCUACGCUUCGGUUCUGUCUAUUCUCUCACUCUUUCUUCUUAUUCUCAUCAUCUUCCUCCUCUUACUAUGCAGAAAGAAACCAAUCCGGUCCGACGAAUCUCUCCUCCCAAAAACCAAACCAGCCGGAACCACUUACCCUUUAACCGAAUUAGAUUCAGCAACCGACGGAUUCAGCCAGCGACGAAUCAUCGGUACCGGUCGGUUAGGAACGGUUUACGCAGCGGUUAUCCCAUCCCACAAAAACCUCGUCGCGGUCAAAAGAAUACACCCCGGUUUGGUUCUAAGCAAACCGGGUUCCGGUUUCACCACGGCUCUCAAAACGCUUUCUUCCGCUCUCCACCCCAACGUCGUCUCGAUCCUAGGCUUCUCGGAAGCUCCCGGAGAGAGGAUCGUCGUUACCGAAUUCGUCGGAGAAGCGAAGAGCUUGAGCGAUCACUUACACGGAGACUCCGAACCGGCGGUUACAACCGUUAUUGACUGGCGGCAACGUUUCAGAGUCGCGGCGGGAGCGGCGAGAGGUUUGGAGUAUCUGCACGAGAUCAUGAACCCUAGAAUCGUCCACGGGCGAUUCACGUCUUCGAAUAUACUCGUGGAUGAGAAGUUCAUGGCGAAGGUUUCGGAUUACGGGUUCGCGUUCUUGAUCCCGCGCGAGAAGGCGGAGGUUUCUUGGUACGUUGAAGAAGGGUACUGCAAAGAGAGCGACGUUUACGGAUUCGGCGUCGUUUUGCUUGAGAUUCUGAGCGGGAGAAGAAGCGGGAACGGAACGAUCGUGAAGUGGGCGACGCCUUUGAUCAAAGAGCAGAGAUUCGCUGAGCUUUUGGAUCCGAGAGUGGUUGUUCAGAGUGAGAUCAAGUGUUUGGUGAUAAGGUUAGCGAAGGUUGCUUUGGCUUGCGUCGGGAAUUCGCGGAGGAGUCGGCCGUCGGUUUCUCAGGUGGCCGCGAUUUUGAACAGUUUGGAGAGGGAAGGAGGGGGGAUUUGAACAUUUCGAAAAGUUUUGGGGUAAAUUAGUAAUUUAAUGGAACAUUUCCGUUAGUGAUACUGUAAUAUACGUUACGCCGUGUACAUAUAUAAUUUGGGGUAGAUAAUCGGUUUCGUAUGAUUUUUAGUUUAUGAUUUUAUUCGCAUCAAUUUUAUAAAUUUGGGAAUAUAAUAAUUCUCGAAAUUC